AUGGAGUGUCUAAGUUCUUCACUUGAUGUUCCUAAUCAACUUCCUAGUACAUCACAGCCGAACCCUGGUACAUCACAGCAUAACUCUGAUACAUCACAGCAGAACCCUGGAACAUCACAGGACAAACCUGAUACAUCACAUCAGAACCCUGGAACAUCACAGCAGAACCCUGAUACAUCACAGCAGAACCCUGAUACAUCACAGCAGAACCCUGGAACAUCACAGCAGAACCCUGGUUCAUAUCAGCAGGAUCCUGGUACAUCGCAGCACAACCCUGGUAUUUCGCAGCAGAAUCCGCAGAACCCUUCUACCACACAACUGGACCUUGGAAAUUUACAACAGGAUACAGGUAGUGUUGAACAUACUUUUUGUGUUAGAACCAUUAGAGUUAUUAGAGGAAAAAAUGGUUAUUGUCGUACCAAAAAACCCAGGAACAGCUUCAUCAAGGACCCGAGCUAUGAACAUUGA